AUGGAAGUCAUUUCAUUUUCAGAUAAUAGAUUAUCAGGAGAUCUUCCCAAUGGUUUAUGCAAUGAUCUCCCAAUACUCAAAGAGCUUAAUUUAUCCAGAAACAAGCUUGAUGGUCAUAUGCCUACAAGCUUGUCAAAUUGUUCACAACUUCAAAUAUUGUCUCUAUCCGAAAAUGAGUUUGAUGGACCAAUACAUAGUGAAAUUGGAAGAUUGAGUAACUUGCAGAAAUUGUAUAUCGGAUAUAACCAUUUCACAGGUGAAAUACCCAAGGAGAUAAGAAAUCUGGUUGAGUUGGAGGUAUUUGAUGUUGAGUUUAAUAGUUUUAGUGGUUCACUUCCAAUGGAGAUCUUCAACAUAUCACGACUGAGAAUAAUUGGUCUUUCAGGCAAUAAUCUAUCAGGAACUCUACCACCAAACAUAGGUUCUACCUUACCCAACAUUGAACAGCUUUAUAUGGGUCGCUUAACCAAUCUUGUUGGGACUAUUCCUCAUUCUAUCUCCAAUUGUUCAAAGCUUACUAAUCUAGAGCUUUCACAAAACAAACUCAGUGGCUUGAUUCCCAAUUCUCUUGGAUAUUUGACUCAUCUAAACUUCCUAAACUUGUGGGGAAACAAUUUAACCAGUGAUUCAUUUUUAAGCUUCCUCACUUCCUUAACCAAUUGCACAAGAUUAACAACUCUUUCUCUAUCUUCCAACCCUCUAAAUGCCAUGCUUCCAGUCUCCGUAAGGAACUUCUCCAAAUCUCUUGUAAAGUUUUAUGCCAGUGAUUGCAACAUCAGAGGCAAGAUUCCAAAUGAAGUUGGAAACUUAAGCAGCUUAUUAGACCUUCAACUUUCUGAUAAUAACUUGAUUGGAUCAAUUCCUACAUCAAUUCACAACUUGAGAAACCUUCAGGGCAUGUUUUUUGCGUACAACAAACUUACAGGAUUUAUUGGAGAUCAUAUAUGUAAAUUGCAGCAUUUGGGAUAUAUUUACUUGGGUCAAAACCAACUUUCAGGAUCUCUUCCUAAUUGUUUAGGGAACAUCACUUCUCUUAGACAGAUACAUAUGGGUUCUAAUAAAUUGAGUUCCAAUAUACCAACUAGCUUAGGGAAUCUUAAAGAUUUAGUGGUUCUUGACUUAUCGUCGAACAACAUGGUUGAUUCUUUACCUACAGAAAUUGGAAAUCUAAAGGCUGUGACAGGGAUGGAUCUGUCGAUGAAUCAAUUCUCAAAUAGAAUUCCUAGACAAAUUGAGGGAUUACAAAAUUUGGCGCACCUUUCUUUGAGACACAACAAGUUGCAAGGAUCUAUACCUGACUCAAUGAGCAACAUGGUAGGUUUGGAAUUCCUAGACAUUUCUCAUAAUAAUAUAUCAUGA